AUGGCCGGCACGAUGCAAUACACUGCCGCCCAAAUCUACUGGAUCCUGCUGCAGUGGUUCGUGCACCAUAGCCGACAGAUCGACGUCGUAGGCCCGAGAUUUGAGGCUAUAUGGGGCCGACCACUUGCCAUGAACCAACUAAGAUAUGUCGUGACCAAGUAUGGAAAGGAUCCUGAGUAUGGGUGCCCUGCUCUCACACAAACCCGGCCUCACCCGAAGGCUGACAGUGGCAGCGAGCUGGAAGUCGAGCAGAUAGAGCUGGAGCGGCAGCAGCGGGUCUUGUGGGAUCUGCAGCAGAGGCUGCAACCACAAAUCUGGCAAGCGCCGCCGCAGCCGCUCCAAGCUCACGGGAUGCAACCGCCACAGCAUCCCACCUACCAGUUUCCCGCAUUCGGUCAUCAGACCAACAACCCCGUUCCCAUGCCGCACGCACCGCUCGACCAGCCCAUGCUCCAGAAUUCGGGGCUUAUUACCUACCCGGAGCCCGUCGUCGGCGGCACACCAGUCUGGACGGCCAACCCGAACCCGGGCCAACCCCCCCGCGAGAGUUUUCCCCAGCAAGUGCCGAACGGAGUCAACCCCGGUCCGGAACCCAAGCCCGAGGCGUGGGUUCCCAACUGGGGUGACAAUCAGACACCGCACUUGCCGGAGACGGGUCCCGCGGUGAUGGGAGAGCCCCAGGCCGUCCAAAGCGCUGGCGCCCACGCCGACGACGAGGAUCUUUACGGAGGUCCCGAAACAGAAGGCGUGGUCGAGCAGGUCGCGGCCGCGGAACCGGAAGCAACCGAGCAAGAAGCAGGAACGCUGCGCAAGGAGACCAGCGAGGAGCCAGCACCCCCCUCAACACCCGCACCGGUAGAGCCACCGCAGGAAAACACAGUGGCUGCUACAGAGGGGGGCGGCAAUUUCGUGAGUCCAGUGCAGGCGUUCCUCAACGGCGCCACCGACGAGUUCCUCACGGACUGCCCGGAGUUCGACUUCGACUUCCUCAACACCGCGGUUGAGGAGUCUGCGGUCGAGCACUCGGGUGAGUCCCAGGUGCCCGAGGAGCCGGACGGUGCGCCGGACGAUUUCAGCUUUGAGAAGUUUCUAAGAGAUCACGGCCAAGAUGGUGAAUGGUACGGCCCAUUUCCGACGUCGCCGACGGACCUGAACGAAGACCCCCCACCGAGCGAGGAGGGAGUCUAA